AUGGCCUUCUGCGGGGCUACCUUGGUUAAGCCAAACUAUUCUUUCUCCCCAUGCCACAGACCUAAAGCUCCAACUCCAUCCUAUGGUUGCAGAAACAAGUUCUGUGUGAGAGCUUCAGCAAGUGACUCAGGUGAUGUGGAGAAGACCAUUAUCAGGAAGGAGAAAGACGGGUGGAAGAUCAAUUACUCAGGAGAGAAACCAGCUACACCAUUGUUGGACACAAUCAACUACCCAAUUCACAUGAAGAAUCUGUCCGCACAGGAUCUUGAGCAACUUGCAGCAGAGCUGAGGGCAGAUAUUGUACACAGUGUGUCCAACACUGGUGGACAUCUUAGCUCAAGCUUGGGAGUGGUGGAGUUAGCAGUGGCUUUGCAUCACGUUUUCGACACCCCUGAAGACAAAAUUAUAUGGGAUGUCGGUCAUCAGGCAUACCCACACAAGAUUCUUACAGGUAGAAGGUCCAGGAUGCACACCAUUAGGAAGACUUCAGGGCUUGCAGGUUUCCCUAAAAGGGAUGAGAGUGUUCAUGAUGCUUUUGGGGUAGGGCACAGUUCUACGAGUAUAUCUGCUGGUCUUGGCAUGGCUGUUGCACGUGAUCUAUUGGGAAAGAAGAACAGCAUCAUAUCAGUGAUAGGAGAUGGGGCAUUGACAGCAGGCCAAGCUUAUGAGGCCAUGAACAAUGCAGGGUUCCUUGAUUCUAACAUGAUAGUAAUACUUAAUGACAACAAGCAAGUUUCUUUACCAACUGCCACACUCGAUGGCCCUGCAAGUCCUGUUGGAGCCCUCAGUAGUGCUUUGAGCAAAAUUCAAGCAAGUACAGAAUUCCGCAAACUUAGAGAAGCUGCAAAAAGCAUCACAAAGCAAAUAGGUGGACAAACACACCAGGUUGCAGCAAAAGUAGAUGAGUAUGCAAGAGGCAUGAUCAGCGGUUCUGGCUCUACAUUAUUUGAGGAGCUUGGUUUAUACUACAUAGGCCCUGUGGAUGGUCAUAACCUUCAUGAUCUGGUCACUAUCUUUGAAAAAGUCAAAGCAAUGCCUGCUCCAGGUCCAGUUUUGAUUCAUAUUGUGACAGAAAAAGGGAAGGGAUACCCCCCGGCAGAAAAAGCUGCAGAUAGAAUGCACGGGGUUGUAAAGUUUGAUCCAAAAACAGGCCAGCAGUUUAAGGCAAAAUCCUCAACACUGUCAUACACACAGUACUUUGCAGAGUCUUUGAUAAAGGAAGCUGAAAUAGACAACAAGAUAGUGGCCAUUCACGCAGCAAUGGGUGGUGGUACCGGUCUAAACUAUUUCCACAAAAGGUUUCCCAACCGCUGUUUUGACGUGGGGAUAGCUGAACAACAUGCUGUUACAUUUGCUGCUGGUUUAGCUGCUGAAGGCCUCAAGCCCUUUUGUGCCAUUUAUUCAUCAUUCUUGCAACGUGGAUAUGAUCAGGUAGUUCAUGAUGUUGAUCUUCAAAAGCUACCUGUCCGAUUCGCUAUGGAUAGGGCUGGUUUGGUUGGAGCAGAUGGACCAACUCAUUGUGGAGCAUUUGAUAUCACUUACAUGGCUUGCCUGCCCAACAUGGUGGUCAUGGCUCCGUCUGAUGAAGCUGAACUGAUGCACAUGGUUGCAACAGCAGCAACUAUAGAUGACAGACCAAGCUGCUUCAGAUUUCCAAGAGGGAAUGGAAUUGGAGCCACCUUGCCACUCAAUAACAAAGGAACCCCACUUGAGAUAGGAAAAGGCAGAAUUCUGAUGGAAGGAAGCAGAGUUGCUAUUUUGGGAUAUGGUUCUGUAGUCCAACAAUGCAGGCAUGCCUCAGAAUUGCUCAAAGAAGUAGGCGUUAAUGUGACAGUUGCUGAUGCUAGGUUUUGCAAACCUUUGGAUACUGAUCUCAUUAGGCUACUGGCUAAAGAGCAUGAAAUACUCAUCACAGUGGAAGAGGGUUCUAUUGGCGGUUUUGGAUCACAUGUUUCUCAAUUCUUGAGCUUAUCUGGUAUCCUAGAUGGACCUCUAAAGUGGAGAGCAAUGAUGCUUCCUGAUAGGUACAUUGAUCAUGGAUCACCCCAAGAUCAGGUUGAAGAAGCAGGGCUUUCAUCAAAGCACAUUGCGGCCACAGUUUUGUCUCUUCUUGAAAUGCCAAAAGAAGCUCUUCUGUUCAAAUAG